CUGGCCCCAAAGAGCACACUCAGUUCGUGGCGAGAAUCUGGCGAGUGUGGAUGCGUUCCGAGCAGAAACCGCGUCCAAACGAAAAUUCCAUUCUGCCCAAUGCAAUCCGCUAAACCGAUAAAACACAAAGCGAAAACCAGUACCAACACAAAGUGCAAUAUUAAUUCUCACACUAAAAGGCUUAAAGUGCUUUUGGCUGGCCAUAAAGUUUAGUUUCAAGUUGCACAGCCAGUUCGAAAAUCGCUGUAUACCCCGCAGGAUAUCUUCAAAAUCCAAACUUUGGAAAAAAAUCCAAUACAGAUAUCUGUGUAUAUGUAUAAUGUAUGUACGUGAGCGAGUGCCUGUGGUGGUGCAAUAAUUGUGAGCGCCAAAAAGCCGAAGAGACGGAGCCGCGCAGCCAAAUAAAUCUCUCGUCUCGUCUCUCCGCUACGCGCUACUCGCUUUCUCGCGUCGAGUCGCGCCGCUUUCUCCAGUUCGAAAGUCGCGUAGUAAAAAGUGUCGGAAAAUCUGCGCCCUGCUGCACCACCCACCCACUCAGCCGAGCCACCUUGGCCACUUUGUUUUUGGUCAAGACUUUCGCACACACUCGACUUCGAAAUUCGAAAUUGCGAAUUUGGCGCGCACCGGAGCAUCAAGUUAAAAACACACUUAACCACAUAUCCCACUUCCAGCUCAAUUAACACUUGUCAACAAAAAAUAAAACCGGGCAAAAUAGGUAUAAAAAAAUGUUAAACAUACCCGGAAAAUGCAAUACAGACUUUUGGCAACAAAAAGUUUGUGAGCUUCAAGCGAUUAUAGCAAGUAAAUGAAAACGCAAUCGAAACUGAAAUUAUUUCUAACAAUGCAUAGAAAAUAUUCCAAAAAUUGUGAAUAGGUGAAAAGAAAUCAAUUAAAACGGAAAUUAUAUUUCAUAUGUGAACUGUUCUGUGGUGUUUAACCCAUGUGCCGAGCACGAAACAAUAAAAAGAAUUUAUACAUUUUGGAAAUUAAAAGCAAUCGAUAGUGAAUCUAGCCGCAAACGAGGGAUUUAAUCGUGAACAAUCAAAAACAAAUUGAUCCACAUAAAUACGCAAACGGACAGCAAAACAAGCAAAAAUGGAGAGCAAACAUUGGAGCUGCUUUGUGGCCAUUGUGCUGGGUGUGCUUAUAUUCAAAAUGCACAUAUUUGUUGCAUUCGCCGAUCAGGAUGAGGAUAUACCGCACAACGAGGUUCGCAAUUGGGCCUUGAAGUUCGGCGUUGACUUGUGGGAGUUUGGACGACAAUUUACCAAAAUGAACGAGAUCAAAAGUCGCUUCAAGGACAACGACAUCGAAGUGAAGCGCAAGGAUGGUAUUAUCCUCCUGCGUGAAUUGGCCGCCGAGGUGAAGAACUUUAUGGAUUUCAAGCGCAAUGCUGUCAUGCGCCUGAUGGACUCCGCGGAGCAAGCUGCUCUGUCGGAGCUGGAGGGCCAGGGGCAGGCGGAAUCGCCGAUGGGCGGACAGCAGCACUACGAUGCCCGGCGGAUCAACGAAUACAAUGCCGAUGGCAAGCUGGCGGACGGAGCCCGCCACAUGGACAUCCGGUUCAUGCGGCGCUUCGAGCGUCUGCCGGUCAAUCUCAGUCUAAGCUCGAUUCUGGUCCCGCACGGCGUCGACUUGGAUGAGCCGGACGUGAAGUCGGCGCUGCAGUGGAGCGGCCAUUUGGAUCCGCUGUUCCAGAACAACUUAGAGCAAGAUCCGGCAUUGUCGUGGCAAUACUUCGGCUCCUCCACAGGCUUUCUGCGCCGCUUCCCGGGCACCGCCUGGCCUCCGGAGGGCUCCAAGGGCAGCAAGCUCAUCCACGACUUCCGCACGCACAAUUGGUUCGUCCAGGCCGCCUCGUCGCCCAAGGACAUUAUGAUUCUUUUGGAUGCCUCGUCGAGCAUGACAGAGAAGUCCUUUGACCUGGGGAUGGCCACCGCCUUUAACAUAUUGGACACCCUCGGUGAAGAUGAUUUCGUUAACCUCAUUACCUUCUCGGAGGUGGUAAAAACCCCAGUGCCGUGUUUCAAGGACCGCAUGGUUCGGGCCACGCCCGAUAAUAUCCAGGAGAUCAAGUCCGCAGUAAAGGCCAUCAAGCUGCAGGAUACGGCCAACUUUACGGCGGGUCUGGAGUACGCUUUCAGUUUGCUGCACAAGUACAAUCAAUCGGGGGCUGGGAGUCAGUGCAAUCAGGCCAUCAUGUUAAUCACGGAAAGCACCUCGGAGUCGCACAAGGAUGUUAUUAAGCAGUACAAUUGGCCACACAUGCCCGUCCGAAUAUUUACAUACCUGAUUGGCAGCGAUUCCGGAAGCAGGAGUAAUCUCCACGACAUGGCCUGCUCGAACAAGGGAUUCUUCGUCCAGAUCAACGAUUACGAUGAGGCCCGCCGCAAGGUGAUUGACUAUGCCCUGGUAAUGGCUCGUCCAAUGAUCAUGUACCAGGCGGACCAUCCGGUCCACUGGAGUCCGGUGUUUGUUGCCGGUAAGUCCGGAGGACUUGGCCGCGAUUCGGAGUACCAACGGCGCCUGGUGACGACAGUUUCAACUCCGGUCUUCGAUAGACGGAACCAUUCGGUGCGCGUUGCCAAUCUGCUGGGCGUGGUGGGCACCGAUGUGCCCAUCGAGGAGAUCCGCAAGGUGAUCCCCCAACACAAGCUGGGACCGAAUGGCUAUUCGUUUAUCGUAGAUAACAACGGACGGGUGCUCUACCACCCGGAUUUGCGUCCCUUAGGCGAUGCCAACCAGUACAUCGACCAGCUGAAGCCCAAGUACGCCUCGGUCGACAUUACGGAGUUGGAACUGCCGGAGACGGAGUUCGGCAAUAAUAACGAGCCCAUUGAAAUUAAUAAGAACCUUUUAAAUGAGAUGCGUGGUGACAUGAUAAAACCCAAGGAGGGGGAGACGGAGUUCACGGUGAUGAACCAUUACGAUGACUCGAAAAGGGUUUCGACCAGGACGCAUCGAUACUUCUAUGGCCCCAUCGAGGAUACACCAUUUACCCUGGCUAUAGUGCUCCCGGAGAAAUACGGUAGCCAUGAGUUUGUCUCCCAACAGGAGAUUCGCCAUUCGCGUAACAAUGUUACCGAAUACUUUAAGGGAGACAACUGGCGCGUACAUCCCGACUGGGUGUAUUGUGAGUACAAUAGCGUCAGUGACCUGGAGAAGGAAAGGGAGAGCUCCGGCGAGUACUCCCCGCGCGAUCAAGAGCCCAGCUUCGGAUCGCCAGAGGAGCAGGUAUUGCACUUUCUGUCUCGCGCUGGACGCCCCGGUUGGAAGUGGAUGUCGGUUCGACCCAAGUCGCCGCAGCCACAUCACAACAUGCACAGUGGCUCCAACGGCAAUGCGCCCGGAUCGAGCCACUUUGGAUCGCAGCACCAAAGCUCUCAGGGAUCUCGCAAGGCUGAGCCGUACUUUUGCGAUCGAGCCCUCCUCCAGAGCUUGGUGCGCGAUGCCAUGGUAACUGAUGGACUCGAUAGGAACACGACUGGAUCCUCCAGCGGCAAGGAGGAUAAGCAUCCCAUCGCCACAUUGAUGGCAAUCCUAAAGAGGCAAGGAUACCAGAAGUUUGUGGUCGCUACUUCCUUCGUUGCAACGAGAUCGGGUCUUCUCCGGUGGAUUGAUCAUGUAAAGCGACCCGAGGAUACUCCCGAGCCUCACUUUAGCGAAGAUAAUGUUAGAGCCAUGGACACAUCCUGGUAUAAGAGGGCGAUUGACCAGCAUUCUGUGGAACCAGACAGUUUUGUGUACAGUGUACCCUUUGGCUCGGGCUAUGCCAUUAAGUCGAACGCCACUCUGGUGACCGCCUCCCAUGCCAUAUUUGUGGAGCAUCGAGGUCACAAAGCGGCAGCCGGAGUUGUGGGUCUGCAAUUUCAGCACGAUUCUUUAGCGAAGCAUUUUAUAAACAUCACCUCAGCCUGCACUGGCAUGACUGGCUGCAAGAGAACCUGCGCUUCGGACAAUUUGGAUUGCUAUGUUCUAGACAACAGUGGCUUUGUGAUCAUAUCCGAAGAGAUGGAGCACACGGGCAAGUUCUUUGGACAGAUCGAUGGCACCAUUAUGGAUUCUUUGGUCCAGGAUCGCAUAUACAAGAGAGUUACGGUGAACGAUUAUCAGGGUGUCUGCUCCGAUGCGGAUAAUCCAUAUACGGCUGCAGGAGGGAUUUUGAAACCGAAUCGCCUGGGCUCCUGGUUCUUCAAUCAUCUUUUGGCCCUGAGUGCCGCCUGGUUGUCCCUGAUGCCUGCUUCCCUGCGGGCAUGGCCGCAGGAGGAGUAUACCUACGACAACGAGGACGUUGUUUUCGUGGACAAUAAUUACUCUGAUGAAUACGAGUUCGGAAAUGAAAACGAAUACAAUAUGCAGGUGGAUCAGGAAAUGGACGAAUUUUUCACCACAGCCGACGUGGAAUAUACGACACCACCGCCUAGACAGCAUAAACCUCACGUUGGACCGCGAUUUUCACCAGAUCCUCACAACGCCAGACGUUGUGAUCUCCGCACGGAUCUCUAUAUGCUUCAGCCGGAGCGCCUGAAUCAGGGUGGUCAAAACAAUCCGCUCAAGGGUAAAUUAACCAACUGUCAUGUGUCUGGAUGCGAGCGUCCUUUCAGCGUUCAAAAGAUCCCGCACAGCAACCUGAUCCUGUUGGUGGUGGACACCUUGUGUCCAUGUGGCUCCAAGCAACUGGACAUUGAGCCCUUGGAGGAGGCGGGCGUAAUCGGAGCCUGCAGUACGAGACGCCAGGGACAGGAGCAAGAGUCCCGAAGGCGCCCCAAAAAGUGCAUCAACUAUCAUCCCGAGGAGAUCGAAAUACAGCAAUGUGGACGUGGCAGCACUCUGCUGCACAUGUCGGGAUCGGUAAUUGUGGCUCAUCUUUUGAUGGUGACAGUGACCUUUGUGCUGGCCAAUGCGUGAUAUGAGCACUAAACGAGUUUUGAAAAUUAAGUUUGCACUAAAUAUGUGUUGAAAGCAAAAAGCGGAUGAGACCUAAAGGACAUCAGAAUUUCUUUUCGAAAGAAAUACGCAGUUUGAGUUUGUUGAUUUGAGGUAGAAGUGAAAGCUGUUAGUAAACCUCUAUCAUUAAAUGUGGUUAGAGGAAAAAUCAAAUAUUUAUUAGAAGAUUCGUAAAUGAGCAACGUUAUACCGAUAACACUAUCGAGUUUAUAUCCUUAUGUUUGUAGACAAUAAUUUGCAGGACGAUUAGACAAAACGAUAGCAAAACAUUAAUUAUGUAUGUAUUUGUGCAAUACGAUAAGCAUUUAAAACAUAAUUGUUUAGUCCAAAGCUUUCUAGAACGAGCUUUUUUUUAACAAUUAUUGAUUGAUUUCAUCAUUAAAUAUGAGAAGCAAAUUAAAGAAACAGUGCAAAAAUCUUUAAAUAAAUGUAAUAAUGAAGGUAAAACAUUAAUCAGUCGGAUUAUGUAAAUAGUAUCAAAAAUAUUCAAAAUGAGCAAAAUUCCUACCGAUAAAUAAUUCGUUUCUUUCCUGUUUUUUUUUAUCGUACAACUUAAAUACUAAAUAAACGGAGUUACUUUUGCACUCAACUGCGUACGCACAAAUAUUAAGUAUUAUAUAUUUUACAACCAAACUAAAUCGAAUUCACUGAACAAAUGGAAGACUUGAAAUACCCGACAGCAAUGUAAAAAUAACAAAAGCACAUUAAGAACAAAAGCAAAACCAGAGAAAAAUAUGUAGGCAGUUAUGUAUAUGGUUCACAUCCAAAUUUGAACAAAAGAAAACCAAGUUAAUUAUUAUAUAAAUAUCUGAUUAGUUUUGCAGAAAACAAAUAAAAAAAGAAAGAGGAGAAGGAAUAAUAAUUUAUUUUAUAUACAUUUUUAUACAAACCUCAUUCAUAUAACAAAAAGCGAAUGGCGAAAACCAAAUCAACUAGUGUAAUCGUUCUAAUUAUUUUAGACUAUACAGUGAGUUCUUUGCGUUUCUUUUGUUAACUUAUUAGGUCUACAUAGAAAUUUACAUAUCUAUCGGAGUUCUGAAAUAAAAAAAUAUUUCUUUUCCAAACUAAUAAGCAACACUAUAUAAAAAACAAAUUACAUGAAACACUUACAUAUUCACACCUACACUCAAUCUCACUCACUUUAAACACAAAUAAACACUUACAAACAUAUACAAAAUAUAAAGAAAGAAUAUUUUCUGUGUCUUAAACUUGUAUAAAAAAUGUCUUCCAUUACAAAUACUUAACGAAAAUGAAAUCCAAACAAAGUAAAACAAUUUAUAAAUCAAUACCUACUAAUUAACUUACACUAAAAAUACGAUUAUAUAAGAAAAUAUAUACUAAAACAUUUAACUCGAAAGUCAUUAACCAAGCAUACACAAUUUCAAAAGUUUCGCUCUGCGCCCCUAUUAAGCUUUAAGCUGAAAGAGGGCGGAGGAAACCCAAAAAAAAUGGAAAAAAAGAACAAACAUUCGUACACCCAUUAGAAGGUUAGAUAAUGUAGGUAGUUAGGGCUGGCUAAUCGACGGCACCGGCAGGAAGGGGAGCAUGGAAAGGAGGAUCAUACAAGCAUUAGAAGAAAUAUUAGCAGAAUAUUUAAUAUAUAGUAAAUAUGUAAUAAACCUAAUUUAACAUACAACCUAAACCGAGUAAUCAAUUGUAAGUCGUAACUCAUAAGAGCUGUUUGUUAAACGUUGAUAAUGUCGAUGGAUUGGACGGUGUUGCAGUACGAAGGUAAGACACCAGUGCGUAUGCGUAAUCUGAGCUGGAGUGUGUGCAUGAUUGGAUGAUUAGUGAUUGUUUGCGUGCAUGGCUGGGAACCUUGACUGACUUUAAGUGGCGUGGGUGGGAAUGUGUGGGAAACGACAAAUGGAAAUACCUGGUAGGCCACCGAAGGCAGAAAACAAUACACACACCUUACAGUUAAGAUCGCUAAAAAACAAUUCCCCCUUUUUUUUAUCCACUCUGCCGGUAUCUUCCGGUAUCAGCUGCAUUCUCACUCACUCCUGUUCACCACAAAUCCACUGUAAAAUGGCAUUCAAUUCCUUCGCAUAACUUCAACUCGAAAGUAACAAAAGUAUUUAUGUAUUCAACUUUUUGCAAAACGAAAAUUCCAUAUCAAACACAUAAAAAACUAAUUAUAAAUAAAACGAAAUUGAAAUCAACUGGAAUAUGUAAUAAUGUAACAAUGUUCUGCAAGAUUUUCUAUGUUUGUUUAUUUUUAUAAGGAAAUCGAAUGUUUGUAUAUGUAGUCCAUAAUUUUCUAAAGGAAUAUGAAUAUAUUGAGAAACACGAAAAAAAAACAAAGUAAAGUUUAUUGGUCUUAAUGAAAUGGAAAACCAAAAGAAAUAUAAUUAAAACUACCAUUAUUAACUUACGAAUUAAAUCAAAUUUUUGACAUGCGAUUUUUGCUUUUUGGAAAUCGUGCUUUUUGCUAAAAACAAAACCACAAGAAAAGAAAAACAAAACGACCUAUUAUUAAAAUAUGAACACACUUUUGCUCUCUAUAAACCCUAUAUACAAGCAUCUUUCUAUAUGGAAUAUUUAUAUACAGCCAUCCGAAACCAAACGAAAACAAAAAAACUUAUAUAUACCAUGUAAUAAAAAAUGUCCUUGAAUAUUCAUCUCUUUCACUUCACACGAGAAAUCCGUAAAGUUUAAUUAUCAUUAUUUGCCGCUCCUUGCUUACCCUAAUUUUUAAUAAUUUUAUUUCGUUUGAGAGUUAAAUUGAGACCGAGAAACAUAUUAGACAACAACUGACAACUAAGCAUACAGUUAUGGAAUAUUAAAAAACAAAAACAUUUAAGGACUUAAAAGAUAUUUGAAAGAAAAGUCAUCCUAUCAAGUCUAAUCAGUGUAAAAAUUCUGUUAUUGCUGUCGAACACACAUUAAAAUUAGACUAAAAUAAACCCAAAGCAACUUUUAAAUUGUACAAUUGUUGUUCCAUUAAAUUUGUCAUUAUGAGAUUUGAAAAUAUAAAAGUUUAAUGCAAAAGAGAAACAGUAUGGAAUACAUAUAAAUACGUACACACAUGUAUGUCAUACACAUUAUGUAUGUUCCAGAGAUCCACAAAAUGGCGGUAAAUACCUAUCAAAAUUGUUCAAAAAAGCUUAAAAUUUGGAUAACAAAACAUUUAAUUUGUUUUACAAGCAAUCUCACAUUUAAAUACGGUCACCAAUGGCACAUCUUACACCUAUAGACAAGUCUUAUGUUAUUUUGUACGAAAAGUCUACAAAGAAUUUUGCGUAAUAGUUUGAAAGAAGUAAAAACUAUUUAACAUUAGUCAAAAUAAACACACAUUUGCGAAAGUCUAACUGUUAAGGGAAAAAUAACAAAGUAAACCGCAUACUUACAUAAAUUAAUUAUAAAUUAAUAUAAACUUGCUCAUUAUUCUAAUUACAAACUGGAAAUUAUAAGUAAAUGGUAUACAUAAAUAAUAUAAUUAAAACCAUGUUAAGAUUCAACAUUAAACAGGAAGACGAACAACUAAAAAUAUUAUAAAUACAUAAUAUGAACGAAGGAACAGAAAAAGUGCAUAAGAAAACAGAGAAUGAAGAAAUAAAUGACAAAAAGUAUUAUAAAAUA